AUGCCUCGCCAGACCUCUUACACAUCAUCAAAGAGCUAUCGAGCGGACGACUGGGAAGACUGGGAGGACGACGAUGAUAUCACGCCCAUCGACAGCGCGGUCGAGCCCGGCCUCCUUGCUCCACCACCCACUCCAGCUUAUAUCAUAACGAGUACGACCAAGUCGACAAGCGCCAGGAUAUCUGCAAGACGCUCAGCGGCCAACCGUCCAGUGUCAAAGAAGCCUCUCAAGGCGCGAAACGCAAAGUUUGGAAUCAAGCUGAUUACGGACAUGCCAAUGAUGAGGCGGCAAUUCCAAGCAAAGUCACCCGCAAGACGUGCCCCCAAGUUUGUGGACGCGGCUGCUCUGAGGGCUCUGGAGGGAUCUCCGAACCCGCAAUCCGUUGGCAAUUGGAACUGGUUGAAGAACAAUGACGGCGCAGAACGAGAAGCUGCCUCUCCCCAUCCAGCCGCUCGCUCGCCCGCCGAGCAGCUCUCGCCGGAAGACAGACCGAUUGUCAUUGGAAUUACUCUUCCUUCCGAUGAGGUGACGAGCCGAGGGAUUGACCCCCUCACGGCAACUGUCAACAACAUCGAUACCCCCAGCGGCACGAAAAAUCCGUUUCCCUUUACGUUUCAGACAACCAAUGACCGAGCUAAUGGCCGGGCUAUUGCGCCUGCCGAGGAGCCUCGUCAGCUCCAGUCCGUCUGGUCUCCGGAUACACCCGAAACUGCGAGCUCGUUUAGCACAAUAAGAUACCCUUCAAGCGUGUACUCGCAAGCAUCUGUGGCACCAGUGAUGGGGCUCGGACCAAGGGACAACGAAGUCCCUCCUGUUCCAGCUGUUCCGGCCAAUUACCAGGGGAUGACAGUAGCGCCCCAGCGCCCUGUCGGCAUCGAACGACUCAAGAACGCCCAAGAAGAAGACGAGUCCGGGACGCCUUGCACACUGUUUGAAGAGGACGGUGUCACACCUUUGAAGUCCCCUGCCAGCAAACUGUCUGCACUUACUCCUCAGAGCAUCCGUGGCUGGUGGGACCACCACUUGGUUACGCCGUUCCUGGACAGGACAAUGUCUUUUGCGAGCCGGCGAACCCAGUUGGAGUCACCCAUGGAGGAGAGAGGGCACCAUCUGGCUAGAGCUGCGGACAAGGGGGAUCAAAGUUUAUUGCUGACUCCCAAGCUCGCGGCGGACCGGCAACUUCUUGUUGAGCGUGUCGCGGUGGAUUCAACGCCGACUAUAAAAAUCCCCACUCCUCGGCGGACACCAUCACCCCGAGGGCAGGUAUCUCGUCCUGAGGCUGUGCCUGAAGUGACGCGAAAUGCUCUGGAACGGGAUAGAUCAGCCUCUCGCGAGAGAGUGCAAGGCCUGGGCAUAACUCAUUUUCCUACUACCUCUUCGCCUCUGGCUCGAUUAAAGAAGCAGGCUGGGGAUGGGGACACCGUCAAGUACCAAGCAGUCUUUCCACCAGACCAUCAUUUGAAUAGCCAGUUCUCUCAGAGCUUUGAGAGGGAAGCUCACCUGGCUACGUCGACGUCAACAAAGGCCAGAGAAGCUGCGGCGUCAACCUCAUCGCCAACCACAAUGCCGGCGAGCCCACAAAGAGCAUACCUGACCUUUGGCGCUGACCCCCAUAGAGGCAGUUGGACAAGAGUCGGCUCUCUCGAUAUGGAGCGUGGAUAUACGGAGCCGCUGCCUCCUCGCCCCGCGGGAACGUCUGGAUCACAAGCACAUGACAAUCAACUGUCGGGCAAAGAGCACAAGAUUGAGAGACAACGACAGCGGCAUGAAAAGGAAGAUAAAGCAGCAAGACGAGCCGGCGGCCUCUGGAGGGGCCGAGGUUGCAUACCGAAAAAGGGCUGUUUUGGCCGCGCUGGGCCCGAGGGUCGCAAGAAGAGGAGAAUCUGGCUAUUGCUUCUUCUUCUUCUUCUUCUCCUUCUCCUCAUUGCUUUGGGCGUUGUGCUGGGCGUUGUUCUUAGCAGGCAUCACGGCUCGGGCAACAACGAGACUCCAGCCCCUGGACAGGACCCGCCAUCCUCGACAUCUCCCUCGACGCCAUCCUCCUCAGUGCCGUCCUCGAUAUGGGUCAACCUCACAGACUAUCCUGCCAUGCCAACCGGUGUCUUGACGUUUGUGGGGCCCAACAACACCAUUGCCAAGAGCGACUGCACUGCGCCAACCACCCUCUGGAGCUGUGCUCUGCCGAAAGAUGCCCAGGCAUCUGUGUCUCCCUUCGAGCCAAACCAGCCGACCAUGAUCUUUCAAAUCCAGUGGGACAACAGCACGGAGAGGGAGUGGAACAUUCCCAACGGUGCUGCUCCCACGACCAUCUCGAAGAGAGACGGGAGCAGCAAUAGCUCUUCAAUCGAUGGAUUCAAGCCAGACCCGAGUCCGCCGACUUUCGACGAAAUGUGGUUCCUGGGUGAGACUACGGACAACAUCCAGUCGAGCCAAAAGGCGGGCGAGCCGACCCCCUUCUUCAUCAGCCUUCUCCCCUCCUUGAACGACACAGUCGGCACGCCGUCUCUGAGUCGUCGUGCUACUACUGCUUCGGCCCUCAACAUCUCGGACAUUAUUUUCCCGCCAGAUCUGGAGGCGGACGGCACUCCCGCGCCUGCCGUGAUGCUGCCAACUCCGGUUCAGCAGCCGGUUCGGCUCUUUGAUCGCGGCCUGCCGACUGAGCAUUACGGGUUUUACACGUACUUCCAACGGACCAUUUUCCUCAAGUCUGUCACUGUUCUCAGCAACUCGAGCGAGGGAAACGUGCCCGCGGACGAGGACGGCGGCUGCAGCGAGACCGAGGCUAACCACCUGGUGACGUGGGCCGAGACGCGCAUGCUUGUGCAAAUCUGGACGCGGAAACUGAACAGCACGGCGUCGUUGCUGGAGGGAGGCGAUGACGAGCGCGUUGGUGACUCGAGGGAGCUGGUCAAGCCGGGGACGAUGCCGUACCCCGUGACUGUGACUCUGGACACGCACGGCGGCGAUCCCGACCACAAAGUUGUGUGGGAGUGGCCCAUGGACGACCGCCAGAAGCUGAACACGAGCGCUCCGGAGCUGCUGACGAACAAGAUGGACGUUGGGGGGACGUGGAUCAACCACCGGGGCAGCGGGGAUGCCAAGUUUGGGGGGUUCGACGGAGGGACUGGCGGGUGUAAGUGUCAGUGGGUGAACUGGACACGUCGUGCGCUGGUGACGCUCGCCAUCGAAACCUCGUGCGACGACACCGCCGUCGCGGUCCUCUCCAAGUCUUGCUCCACCGGCAAGACAAGGCUGAUCUUCAACGAGCGGGUGUCUUCUGACAACCGCGCCUUUCAGGGGAUCAACCCCAUGGUUACGGUGCAGGGGCACAACGCUUCACUGGCGCCGUUGGUGGAGGAGGCUUUGCAGGUUUUGCGACGGCACGAGGAUGAUGAGCAUGUGAAGACGGAGAAGAUGGGGAUGGACAAGAGGAGGAAGAUGAAGAUGAAGGUGCCGGAUUUCGUCUGCGCAACCCGCGGACCGGGCAUCAUGGCCAACCUGGCAGUGGGAUUGAACGUCGCAAAGGGGCUGGCGCUUGCCUGGGGCGUUCCCUUUGUAGGCGUCCACCACAUGCAGGCUCACGCGUUGACGCCGCGGCUCGUCGACGCCCUGAACUCAUCAUCCUCAUCCUCACCAUCCCCGUCCUUCCCCUUCCUCUCCCUCCUCGUCUCCGGCGGCCACACCCAGCUCAUCCUCUCCACAAGCCUCACCGCGCACAAGACGCUCGCCUCCACCGCCGACGUCGCCAUCGGCAACCUCCUCGACCAGACCGCCCGCGUCAUCCUCCCUCCUUCCAUCCUCGCCUCCAGCCCGGACGUGAGCUACGGCCGGCUCCUCGAAGCAUUCGCCUUCCCCCCUCCUACUGGAAGAAACAACGACAACGUUGCGGAUUACGAGGCGUUUUUCCAGCCGGCGAGGUCCAGGGGCGACGAGAUCCGUGAUGUCGAGACCAAAUACGGAUGGACCGUGCCGGUGCCGUUGAAGGGCUCGCGGAAGCUGGCCUAUUCGUUUUCGAGCAUAUACACGCACGUCCACAACAUUGCCGCCGCAGCAAACGCUCGGACAGCAGUCGACGACGACAACAGCAACGUCGAGGAUCAUCAAGCAGACGACGGCGGCGACGACAGAAGAUUCCCGCUCGAAGAACGCAGAGCGCUCGCACGGCAUACCCUCCGCGCAGCCUUCCAGCACCUCGCCAGCCGGCUCGUCCUCGCCCUGCAGGACUCGCCCUCUCUCCAGCAGCAGCCAUCACCAUCACCAUCAUCAUCACAGACUACUCCUUCAUCAUCAGCAGCAGCAUCAUCAUCAUGUCCAAAAAUCAAAACCCUCGUCGUAGCAGGCGGCGUAGCAAGCAACCGCUUCCUCAUGCACGUCCUGCGCACGACCCUCGCCGCCCGGGGUUUCCCCGACAUGCGCAUCGUCGCGCCCCCGCUGGAGCUGUGCACCGAUAACGCGGCCAUGAUCGCCUGGGCGGGCAUGGAGAUGUUCGAGGCCGGCUUCAGGAGCGAGCUCUCCGUGAGGCCGAUUGCGAGGUGGCCGAUGGAUCCGGAUGAUGUGGGAGGGGGCAUAUUGGGGGCCGGGGGGUGGGUUGAAUGUGGAGGAGGACGCAGCAGCAGAGGGUAG